AAAGAAAGAAAAAAAGUUAGAUUCUUUUUUUUUAUCAUUCCUAAAUAUAUUUUUUAUUUUUUUUAUUUAUAUACAUAUAUAAAUAAUUCAAUUAAAAAAAAAAAAAAAGAAAAUGUCAACUUCAAAUUUAAUGAAAAAUAGAGGUGCAAGUUCACCAACUCCAAAUAAGCAAUAUUUGUCUUUAUUGGUUGCCGAUACAAUUAUAGCAUUUGUAAAUUGGAGUUUUGUUGUAGAGUUUAUUUCAGUAAUUUGGUUUUUCCCAAUGGGUUUCAUGGGUUUCACUGGUUGGGAAGCAGCAUUAGUCGCAAUUUACACACCAAUUCUUUUGGGUAUUGGCUUUAUCAAUAGACUUGUAUCACGUUUCAAUCUUCCAAUUCGUCUUUUUGCUCAAAUUUUGGGAUUUCUUGCAAUUUACCCAUACAUGAUCGACAAAUCAAAAAUCAAAAAUGAUGAAUUUGGUAUUUUUUCAAGCCCACAUGUCACUAAGACCUUUUUCAUUUCAGUAGCAGUCGCAAUUGAUUGGUUAGCACAAUGCAAUUCUUUUGCAAAUAUUAAAACUCCAAUUCGUCGUGAUCGUGGUGCUUAUGCAUACGCAAUUGCCAUCGCACUUCAUGCAAUUAUUCGUCUUGGUUACCUUACAGUUAACCCAUUCAUGACUUGGUCAAGUUGGAUCAUUUUUGGUAUGAUUUUGGUAGUUGUAGCCUUUGUUAUUUUAAUGCGUGAAAAUAUUAAUCUCACAGAAGAAAGAAAGAGUAAUGCACUUUUCCAAGUUGAGCAAGAUGCCGAAAAUAGUUCUGCUAUUGUCACUGGUAUUUCAUUUGGUGGUGUUAUUUUUGCUAAUCAAUUAUUAUUCUCUACUCAUGGUGUUAUUCCACGUUGGACCAACCUCAAUCCAUUCCCAUAUGGUAUCAUCGUUGUAUUUGGUGUUAUUGCUGGUAUUUUACUUACCAAAAAGAAAGAAUUAAUCACUUCAAGAAACUACUUUAUCUCUGCACUUGUUUUAUCUACCAUUUUCGGCUGGUGCUCUGGCUCUGUUUCAUAUUUUGUUGGUAUUAUUGGUCUUCUUUGUGGUACUAUUUUAGGUAUUUUUGUCAACUCUCUUUGGAUUGUUUUAAUCGAAAAAGUUUCAAAUACUGAAAAAUUAGGUAAAUUAUUUGCCUCUGCAAUGUUAACUUAUACCGUUUUAUUAUUCUGGGCAAUUUAUGUUGUUUCAUAUAAAUUUGUACCAUGGUAUUUAGGCUCAACUUUAUUAAGAGAGCGUAAUCAAACUUUAAUUAUCGCAACUAUCUUAUCAGCAGGUAUUGCAUUCUCUUAUAAAGCAUUAAGAUCAAAUAGAAAAGAAAAAACAGGUAGAGAUCAACCAACUUUCCCAAAUAAAGAUGUUUUCAAUAUUGUCUUUGGUUUAAUUGUUCUUCUUCUUUUAGUAUCAGUCAACAGAGCUAUUACCCACCCAACUGACUCAAGCAUUGCUGGUUAUCAUUACAAGACCGAUGCCACUGCUACCGCUGUUUCAAAUACUGCUCCAACUGAAAUUAAAUCAAUGAUUUGGACCAUUCAUUUUGGUUAUGAUAAUUUUGGUAGAAAUAGUUUCCCAAAUAUUACUGAUGCCAUUAAAGAACAAGGUGUUAAUGUUAUUGGUUUAUUAGAGUCUGAUCUUUCAAGAGUUAUGACCUCAAAUAGAGAUUUAGUCGAAUGGUUGGCCAGUGAAUUACAUAUGUACAGUGAUUUUGGUCCAGCUCCAUCAGAAAAUACAUGGGGUUGCGCAUUAUUAACCGUUUUCCCAAUUGUUUCAUCAAAUCAUGUUAUUUUACCAUCACCAGAAGGUGAAUUAGCAUGUUUAAUCGAUGCAAUUGUUUUAGUAGAAGAAAAACCAGUUAAUAUUAUUGUUACUCACUUUGGUAAUACCGAAGAUGUUUUAGAUAGAAAAUUACAAUCAGAAGGUGCCGCUCAAGUUGUCAAGAGUAAAGAUAAGAAUAUGCCAGUUGUUUUCCUUAGUUAUAUCACAACCAAAAUCAAUAGUGAAAAUUAUAAUACCAUUAGAUCCUCAGGUUUAGAAGAUACAACUGACCAACGUCGUUAUUGUGAAUACAUCUUUUACAAGAACUUACAAAUGAAUAAAUUUAUUAGAGUUUCUGCUGGUGAUGUUAGUGAUACCGAAAAACAAAUUGCCUUCUUUAAUUUAAAAAAAUAAUAAAUUAACAAUAAUAAAUAAAUAAAUAAAUAAUUUAUAAAAUAAAUUUAAUUAAUUU